UCCACGAAGCCCCGCCCCACGCAACUGAAAAGUUUCAGGAACGGUAUAUUCAACGGAUCCACUAUCUCAAUAACAAGCGCAACGCGUCGAGUUUUCCGUAUAUUUCAUAUGCGGUUACACGUCUUUUUACAUUAAUAAUUCUCAAGCAACAGAUGUUUACCCCUGACCAAACAGGGCGUCAAGUGUCGCCCCAUUUGGAUUUAGAAAAAACGGUUUGCGGAUCCUGCGCUAUUUGCAAACUUCGCCUGAACUCUUCUGCAGACCCCAGACUUCUGCCCUGCCUGCAUACAGUUUGUAAUACUUGCCUCACGAAGAUCUGCACAGAUGGAGCCACACAAGACUGUCCAUUAUGUGCUCAGACCUUUUGUUUGUCCGAUGUCACAGAAUGUGUCAUUUUUGAAGACGACUCUAAUAAUAACAAGCCCCCCAAGUGUGCUGGGUGUGAAGAGAGUGAGGUUAGUGGAUGGUGUGUCCAGUGUGAGGAGGCCCUGUGUUUGGACUGUAUGUCUGCCCAUCGUAGGGUAAAAGUGACCCGUGACCAUGAAGUCACACCAAAAAAUCCACCCACAGGAUGGAUACAGAGAAGACGCUGCCCUUUACACACUCAGGAGAGCUUGAGGUUCUUCUGUCUUGUUUGUGAAGAGCUCACCUGUAAAGACUGUCAGCUGAUCACUCAUAGAGGCCACAGUUUUGUGCAGCAGGAGGAAGCUGUGGGAUCUCAGAGACAGCAACUGCAGAGUUUGUUGGACUCCAUCAGACAUCAAAAAGAGAUGAUCAGCAGUAGCCUGCUGCUUCUAGAGGCAAGGUUACAGGACAUUGAGAAUCUAAAAGUGGCUGCAAAAAAGAUGUUGAGACAGGUGGUCUUCUCCCUUUAUCAGGCUCUGUUACUGAAAGCUACGCAGAUCUUAAAGGACAUAGAGGCCCUGUAUGCAGAGGAGGGGAGAUGUUUGUUGGAGCGGAAGACAUCUCUGAACAGGCUGGAAGGCUUUCAGGACUACAUAGUAGCUUUUAUUGACAAGAUCCUAAACACUGAGGGCCAUUGCCUCCUGGUCCACACAAAAACAAUUGAGACCCAGGUGAAAAAGCUGCUGUCCCAGGAGACAUGCACUCCUGAGACCAUGAUUAAACUGCACGUUCAGAUUCAGAACGAUCUCUGUCAGCAAAUGGUCAAAUUUGGAUUUAUGAAGAUUAGAAAGACUUCUGUUCCUUUCUCCUCUAUGAGAACUGGUUCCACUCAGUCAAAGUCUGUGUCUGUGGAAAGCUCAAAUCCAAAUUCUGUAGUAACUGCCACGGAUGUUCAUCCUAUACCGGCCUCACCAAGUGUUGAUGCACAGGUUCAGGCUGAAUGUGUUGCUAACAGCCCUGCACUACAUUCCUGUGUUUCCUCUCAGACUGUACAAAUGAACCAGGCCCUUAAGAGUUUGCUUAAUCCAUCUCAGCCCAGCCAGCCAUCUCAGCCUAACCAGGCCACACAACACUCAUUCCAACUAAAUCAAUCUAAACUUCCCUCUUCAGAACCUCAGAAUUCAUUUUCUUCCUCAUUUUCUUCCAAACCUGGGCAAUCCAAGAAUGCUUACACUCCCUCAUCACACCGUGUCCCAUAUUUUCCUAACUCUGCUCACAAAACUCAAAUGAAUCCUCAUCCAUCUGUUAAUUUUCAGCCUCGUCGUCCAUUCACAAACUGCCCAGCGUCUCAAAUAAACGAUAUCUCCAAGCGUAAGAAGACCUGGACCUUACACUAUUACUCUCCCAUCACCCACCCAAUGGCAGUUAAAAACCAAACACCUGUACUAACUCAUCCAAUACCUGCCAACAACCAAACACCUGUACUAACUCAUCCAAUACCUGCCAACAACCAAACACCUGUACAAACUCAUCCAAUACCUGCCAACAACCAAACACCUGUACUAACUCAUCCAAUACCUGCCAACAACCAAACACCUGUACUAACUCAUCCAAUACCUGCCAACAACCAAACACCUGUACUAACUCAUCCAAUACCUGCCAACAACCAAACACCUGUACUAACUCAUCCAAUACCUGCCAACAACCAGACACCUGUGCUAACUCAUCCAAUACCUGCUAACAACCAAACACCUGUGCUAACUCAUCCAUUACCAGCCAACUACCAGAUACCCCUACUGACUUCUCCAACACCAGCCAACAACCAAACACCUGUACUAACUCAUCCAAUACCAGCCAUCAACCAAACACCUGUACUAACUCAACCAAAUCCAGCCGACAACCACACAUCAGUACUAUCUCAUCACAUACCAGCCUAUAACCAAACACCUGUACUAACUCGUUCAAUAACAGACAACAACCAAAAACCUGUACUAACUCAUUCAAUACCAGACAACAACCAAACACUUGUAAUAACUUAUCCAAUGCAAGCCAACAACCAAACACCUGUACCAACCCAGCCAGUUUCAAACAUGCCAACUGACACCCAAACAGUUUUACUAACCUAUCCAGUACAAACCAGUUUCCUGGGGCCCGGGCAUACUUUUGCUGCACAACCAAAUAUUCCCUUAACCGUUCUUUCUACCAUAAACGCUCUUUCUUCAAAUAAUGUUACUACAAUCUCUAAUGUUCACUCUGCUGGACCAUCCAAUGGUGGGAUGAAUCAUUGUUCCCAUGACCCUUGUGCACAGAAUACCACCAGUCCAACCUUUAAAGCUAGUGGUUCUUCACUUCCUGUAAACCCAAUACAUUCUGCUCCCAUUAGUGGCAACAACACCCUCUGGUGUAAAAGAGACACCUAUAAUACUGCUAACCUUCCAGUCAAGGCCUUGGCUGACUCCGUCUCUGAUCAGGACGCAGGUGUGAGCAGCACAAAUUUCACUGAUACGGAAAAUUCGGAGAGCAACUUUCCUUCUUCCACUGUGUCAGAGACAGAUCCCAAAGAAUCUUCACCAGAUCCUGCCCACUCCUCUGGCCUAUGCAACCUUCAGCAAGACCCUCUCUCCACCACCACCACAGAGAAAUGUUCAAGACAAGCUCAAGCCAGUCAGUCAUUCACCAAGAGUGACUCUAGACCAAAACACUGGAGCGUUGGCUUGCCAACAACUUUUCGUCAGCUUGUAGAGACAACACCUGUCAGCUCAACAGACAAUUGGAAAGCCACACCUCCAGCGAAUUCAACUCCAUGUGGCACAUCAGAUGACCUUGCAGGGGAGAGGGAGAUACAUGACAAGACUGUCCAAAGUGUUUUUUACCACACAAAGGCAAAAGAGGAAGAAAAAGAAUCUGCAGUGACCGUGGAACAAUUCAAGAAACAAUUCAAGAGGUUUCCACGUGUAUCUCUGGUGCGCCUGCCCAUUUCUCUGCCUCCAUGUGGGCAGCCACUCCCAGAGUUCCACCUUACUGCAGAUAUCUCCAGAGACCACAUCAUGGUGCAGGAAUCCCAGGGAGGCCAGAUUAAGCAGGUGUGGAGAUGGCACGAAGAUCCAGUGCCAUCUAGAUCCUCUUCCUGCUCUAUACCGCAAAGCAGCGACAGCUCACCGGCGUCUGACGUACAAUUCUGUGCAGUGUGUCAGUCUGCAGGAGCUGCCCUUCUGUGUGCGAAAUGUGGAUGUGCUUUUCACUCUGAUUGUCACAUCCCACCAAUCCUCACAAAACCUUGCGAGGAUUGGGUGUGUUUGCUGUGUCAGGAUGUAAAUGAGACAGUCGUGUAUGGCAGUGAGGAGAUGAGAACGUCCAGUCUGAGUCUACCAGAUCAAAGAAAGUGUGAGAAGCUUCUCCUUGGUCUCCUGUGUGAUGAGAACAGGUGCCUGCUCUACAGCGCCACCAAGAAUCACUCAAAAACAGCCGAAUUUGAUAUAAUACUUGGCCGACUCCUGGGGACAAGGAAGCCGCCUUAUCGCACUGCUGCUGAACUGGUGUCAGAUGUUUGGACUCUUUUUGACAUCUUGAUGAUGAACUCUGAGAGGAAAAAUUUGGUUGUCAAACUUCAAGAAUCUUUCCAGCAACGGCUAAAUGAAACUUUUGGGAAGAGUCUUCAUGCUUCUCUCCUGAAACAUUCCAGCAGCGAGGAUCCAAGAAGUACUUCAGAGACAGAGACUCAAAGAGAGAAGCACAGAAACACUUUGAAACGCAUGAGAGAGUUUUUUAUGGAGAACUGUGGUACAGCAGGAAAGAAAUCCUGCACUUACAAAGGGAAGGAGAAAGAUGGCUGUGGGAACACUACAGCUGGUGAACAAUGAACUGUCUCAGUUAUUACUUUUGAAAUUACACAAAUACCUUCGUGAAAGGGGAACCACAUUACUAUGCAUCGCUUUCUAUUUAUUGUAGUAGUAUGUUUAUAUACCUUUUGUUUGUAGUCAAAUUAAAAUGUAUUAAACAGAUUAUUUAAUUUAA